CUGUUAAUUCAAUGCUUUUAGAUCGAACUUGCUGCUUCAGCCAAAAUAAACACACACACAUUCUGUUUUCAUUUAGUUUUUUUACCAGACAUGACAAGUGCUCAAUGAGGUCUCACGUCAGCGAUGGCUGUAGUCUCGUGGAAGGAGAUCUGUCUUCUGACUGGACUGGUGGUGGGCUGCUACUGGAACAGCCUGUUCUGUGGUUUUGUGUUCGAUGAUGUCUCUGCUAUCUUGGAUAACAAAGACCUUCGUCCCACCACACCGCUGAAGAACCUCUUCCUCAAUGACUUCUGGGGCACACCUAUGUCAGAGGAGAGGAGCCAUAAGUCUUAUCGGCCACUUACUGUUCUCACCUUCCGCCUCAAUUACCUGUUCAGCGAGUUGAGCUCCUCGUCGUACCACCUCCUCAAUGUGGUUCUUCAUGCCGUGGUGUGUGUCCUCUUUCUCCACUUCUGCCGUCUGCUCCUGGACCGAAGCACCAGCCUCACAGCGGCCCUGCUGUUUGCCGUCCAUCCCAUUCACACAGAGGCUGUAACAGGUGUCGUGGGCAGGGCUGAGUUGCUGUCCUCCAUUUUCCUGCUGGCUGCUUUCCUUGCGUACACCAAAUCGAAAGGAGCCGAUCACUCCAUCGUGUGGACUCCCAUCAUUUCAACCGUAUUCCUGGUUGCCGUUGCCACGCUAUGCAAGGAGCAGGGAAUAACUGUUAUUGGGAUAUGCUGUAUUUACGAGGUCUUUGUUGCCCAAGGGUUCACUCUGCCCAUGCUGAUUGACACCCUACUUCAGGUGGUGAGAGGAAAAGAUGGUUUUCCCUAUGCUGUCCUCCAGAUCCUUCUGAAGCUCAUUGUCCUGAUCAUCAGCACACUUUUGCUGGUCAUCGUCAGGGUGCAGGUCAUUCAGUCCCAGUUGCCAGUGUUCACCAGGUUUGAUAAUCCAGCUGCUGUCAGCUCCACCCCGACCAGGCAGCUGACCUUCAACUACCUCCUGCCAGUGAACGCCUGGCUGCUGCUCAACCCCUCUGAGCUGUGUUGUGACUGGACGAUGGGCACUAUUCCCCUCGUGGAGUCCCUACUGGACCCCCGCAACCUUGCCACGUUGGUAUUCUAUGGUCUGCUGAGCUUCCUGGCUUUUCACAGCCUUUGGGACGGCCACAGUUCUGCCAAGAUCGUCAUGAUGGCAUUGUCUCUGAUCGUCCUUCCUUUCAUCCCUGCAUCCAACCUGUUUUUCCCUGUGGGCUUUGUUGUAGCCGAAAGGGUCCUGUAUGUUCCCAGCAUGGGAUUUUGUGUUUUGGUGGCCCAUGGAUUCAAACUCCUGUCCCAAAGAGGAGGCCUAAAGAAAAUGUCUUGGUUGCUCGUGGGAGUUCUUAUAACAACACACGCCUUGAAGACUUUCAACAGAAACUGGGACUGGGAGUCCGAAUACACGCUUUUUACAUCUGCACUGAAAGUGAACAGGAACAAUGCCAAACUCUGGAACAAUGUCGGACAUGCUUUGGAGAAUCAGAACAGUUAUGAAAGAGCAUUGAGAUACUUUCUUCAGGCCACAAGAGUGCAGCCAGAUGAUAUUGGGGCCCACAUGAACGUUGGGAGAACCUACAAGAACCUAAACAGGUCCAGAGAGGCAGAGGAGGCAUAUCUAAUCGCAAAAUCCCUUAUGCCACAGAUCAUUCCAGGGAAGAAGUAUGCAACCCGUGUGGCCCCCAACCAUCUGAACGUCUACAUUAACCUGGCUAACCUAAUUCGGGCGAAUGACUCUCGCCUGGAGGAAGCCGACCAACUCUAUAGACAGGCCAUCAGCAUGAGACCAGACUUCAAGCAAGCCUACAUCAGUCGAGGGGAGCUUCUUCUGAAAAUGAACAAGCCCAGUGAGGCGAAGGAAGCCUACCUACGAGCACUGGAGCUGGACCAUACCAAUGCAGACCUCUGGUACAAUCUGGCUAUUGUCAAUAUCGAGAUGAAGGACCCCUCAGAGGCUCUGAGAAACUUUAAUCGCGCGUUGGACCUGAAUCCACGGCACAAACUGGCACUAUUCAACUCCGCACUUCUCAUGCAAGAGUCAGGUGAGGCAAAAUUUCGUCCAGAGGCAAACCGUCGCUUUCUCACCUAUGUGAAAGAGGAGCCGGAUGAUGCUAACGGCUACUUCAACCUGGGCAUGCUGGCGAUGGAUGCGAACGAGAAUGAAGAGGCCGAGCGCUGGAUGCAGGAGGCCAUUCGACUGCAACCCGGCUUCCGCAGUGCUUUGUUUAACUUGGCUCUGCUCUACUCUCAAUCACAACGUGAAUUGGAUGCUCUCCCAGUUCUUGAGGAGCUGCUGCGGUACCACCCGGAGCACGUCAAAGGCCUGAUCCUCAAGGGAGACAUCCUCAUGAACCACCGCAAGGAUACACGUGGUGCAAAGGCCUGUUUCGAACGCAUCUUAAACAUGGACUCCAGCAACGUGCAGGCCAAGCACAACCUCUGCGUGGUGUACUUCGAAGAACGGGAGCUCCAGCGCGCCGAACGCUGUCUGGUAGAGACGCUCGCUAUGGCCCCACACGAAGAGUACAUUCGACGGCACCUCGCCAUUGUACGCAACAAAAUGGCCGCCAUGAGUGCCGCGGGGCAGCCAAUUGUGCAGACAGAGGGCAGUAGUGUGGCAGACAAAGAGCAAGAGCAACAUCAACAGGACAAAAAAGAGGAGGAGGAAGGGCAAGGAGUUGCUUCAGGAGCAGGGGAGGGGGCCAGGAAAGAGAAGAAUAUGAGGAAAUCCUCCCUCACAGAAAGCGUCAGCGGCCAGGGCCACGGCCAAUCAAAGAAUUUGGAUGCAGGCCAGCCUGACAAGAGGACUAACAGCAAAUCCACAAAAGAGAUUAAAGAUAUAGAAAAGAAAAGGGCGGCUGCCUUGAAGAGACUGGAGGAGAUUGAACGCAUAUUAAGCAGCGAUUAACCUUGUUCAUCAACCACCACACUAUUUUUAUAUAUAACUAUUUAAAGCGCAAGAACGAGACUCCUGUUUUUCCUCCACAAAUUGAGCCCUUGUUUAUGCAUGUCUUGUUGCGCUUUUGUUUGAUUGGUUUUUUUUUUUAUAUAUAUAUAAGGUGCGGUAUACUUCCUUUUCCCACUGCUUUAAUUAUGUAAAGCUGUUUGGCUGAAAAAGGAAACCAGAUGUGCAUUCACAACAUGCGCUGAAAAAGCACAAAAUUAGGUACUUUUUUUAAAGAAACUGCAAAAAAAAAUCGUAUUUUACCAUAUUGUUUAUUUAUGAUUGUCUAUAUUUGAGUCACUGGAUUAGUUUUUGUCACUUUUGUGUAUUGAUUUAACUUACCACUGGCAAGUAUUACUCAUAAUCACAAAUAAAAUGUUGAUAUAUUAGCCAGCCUAUUUUAAAGCAGGGCCUCUGAGUGGUCUGUCACUUGGCUGUUGGACUUUAGAUCAGCAAACCCCUCCCCUUCUUUGCAUGACAUCACCGAUUUCCUCCAAUUCUUAGCUGCUGUUUGUUGAUGUCAUUAUUGUUGCUAUUUUAGUCUCGACGCUGAAUGGUGUCAGUGUUUAAUUAUAUCCUUUGACAUAAUCUAAUUAUGAAUUAGGGUCACCUCCCUUCCUCAGCCCUCUUUUUGAAGGCUUCUGGGAUUUUUCAAUAUGGCUUGCAUUCUCUUUGGGCUCUUACUGAUUUCACAGAUUGGUCAUGCAGAGCCAGACUUUGCUUUUUAUUUGGACUUUUUGUUUUUAUUUUUUAUGUUUUCUGCUGCUUUUAGCUCUGUUUCUUGUUCUCCCCACAAAGACUAAGCCAUAACAUUAAAAUCAAGCAUUAAGCAGAACAAACUUAAAACCUUCAUUUAAAGGAUUAAUUCCCCCAAAAUUAAACUUUAGCAUAACGGUUGCCCUUAUCCGAUUAAGUAGUGGACUCAAGUAGUUCACAGUAUUAUCAGCUGUUUUGCCAAUUGAGAUCAACCAUAAAACUUGAGUGAGAAGCCUGAUAACUACACCUGUUUGCUCUUUCUUUUGGCAACUUGUGCAUCUAAAUCUUUUUUUAUUUUAUUGUAAGUUUGAUAGUCUAUAAGGACAGAUUUACAUGGUUGUAUCAUGUUAAUUUUAAAAUAUUUAGUGUUAGGAGUUCACCUCUCUAAGAGGUUCAUUUCCCACUAAAUCAUCUCACGCAACUUUCAUUCAGCUGUAUGUGAUAUGUCAUAUUUCAAGUUUCCCUCGGCUUCAGCUUGAGUCCUAAUGAUGUUUUAGGACCUUUUCCUCAUGUUUACUCAUGCUGUGCUUUUACACCAAAUCCCAUUUCUUACAUCUUGAUUUAUAGUAUUUGCUUUUUUACUUGGACUAAUGUUUGACUUAUGAGUGGUGGUGGGACCUAUGGUUUUCCAAUAAAAACAACUUACAUCA